ACUCAGAACACUUCCAUCGAAGUAAGUACUACAUAGUACUUACUUUUUGGGCUAAGUUUCCAUACCCCUCCCCCCCCCCCCCCCAAAAAAGAUAUCGGUUUACCAAAAAUGAAACUUAAACUAAAGAUGAUUGAUAUUUAUUGCAUCUAUUCAUGAAAAAUAUAAGUAACAGAUCUUGAAACAAACCAUGAAUACAUCGAAAAUUAUCACUGUAGGCAGCAAAUCUUAUCGCCCUCUGCACGAUGAGAACUUGACACCGGAAGAUAUCAAGAAAGCUCAAGUAGAAUUAAAUGAAACGGAUUCUAGAAGAGAAAAAGCACUGAAAGAAGUGAAAGAAAAACUUAAGGGUGAUGUCAGUUAUGAGUAUAGAACUGAUGAUGAUUUCAUUAUCGCUUUCCUUCGCACAAGAAAAUUCAAUUGUGAGAAAACUGUUAAGAUGAUUAAGAACUAUGCGAAAUUCAGAGAAGAAAUACCAAGUUUCUUUCCAAAACCAAGUAUGUUUGAGGAGGAAUUGCGAACCAACAUAAUAAGCUUUCUCCCACACCGUGAUCAUCAAGGGAGAGCUAUCCAUGCUGCCAAAAUAGGUUUGUGGAAUCCCGACGAGCUGUCUGUUUACGACCUGGUAGGCGUUUCAGAUACUUUGACUGAAUAUGUUCUUCGCAAUUCUGUGACGCAGAUCAAUGGUGUGAUUGGCAUUUGGGACGCAAGCGGAUUAUCUUUUAAACAAUUCUUACAACUAAGUUCACCGAAACUCGCACGGGCAUUUACUAAGAUGGUCCAAGAUCGUCUACCUGGACGCUUCAAAGGUGUCUACAUCAUCAACUGCCAUAAGUCAUGUAUCGCCUUAUACAACAUAUUUUCCUAUUUUCUGAAGGAGAAAUUUCGCCAUAGGAUCAAAUUUCUAAGCAGUGAUCUAACUGAGCUACAUGCAAUCGUCGAUCCAGCCAUUUUGCCAGUUGAAUGGGGAGGAGUUCAACCAAACCUCGAUUGCAACGACCUCGUGGACAAAUUACUAGACAAAGAACGCCGCAUUCAAUAGAAAAAAAAAAAAAAAACUGAAAAAAAAAACCAGAUGGAAAAUUACCAAAAGAAAAAUUUUCUCACAUAAUAAUUUGAGCAAUAAAGAAUAUUUAUUGGAUACUAGCUCUGCUCAAUCUGAAUUUGCCUUCUGAGGAAAGGGGUGAAUUUUUCCGAAAGUACAAG